ACUUUACGUAUACGAGUCAGUAAAAGCAAGACCUUAUAGAUUUAGACAAUAGAUUGUAAGCGAAGUUUGAAGUUUGGUAUAUUUUCGGACAUACGAUCAAAAUUCAAGUUGUUAUCUCAAGAUGAACUUCCGAAAAAGUAAGAAACACCGGAGGAAUUCUAUGAACACAGUGUUGAGCUCAGAACGCUGGCGGCAUUAUGGGAAGAGACCGUCGAGAAUGGACGUGGCGGUGGACACGCAAUCUGAUGACGAGUCAGACUCGGAGUAUCAUCAGAUCAAGGACUGGAUGGAGGAAUGCUUCGACCAGAACAGCCAAGAGAGCAAAUCUGACCAGGACAUAGAAGCGGAGUUGUCCAAGAAACAAACUCUCAUAUUAUCGACCUUGGUGCCGGAUGAAAUAUUGUUGAUGGAUAAUUUUGACCCAGGAGCCACAAAACGCUUUGUCGGAGUUUUGCUGAUGGCUGACGUUUCUGGUUACACGGCGCUGUCCGAGAAAUACAAUAGUUUGAAAGGGGGCACAUAUCGUCUCACAGUCACUCUGAACACUUACCUGGGCUCCCUCACUGAACUCAUCUACAGCCACGGAGGAGACAUCAUCAAGUUCGCUGGAGACGCUUUCUUAGCGUUGUGGAAAACAGACAAAAGAACCUUCUUGAGUCACACGAUUCACUCCGUCAUUGCAUGCGCAUUAGUAAUACAACAUUCAUUCUCGUCAUACGAAACCGAUGUCAAAAUAAACCUAAAAGUUAAAUUAGCAAUAUCUGCUGGCAAUCUCCUUUUCUCUCCCAUUGGUUCCGGAAUAGACAUGAAUUACGUUAUAUUUGGACUACCAGUGAUCGAAGCUAAAUUAGCAGAAAGUCUAUGCUCUUCAGGAGAAGUAAAAUUGACACCUGCUGCUUGGGGUCAUUGCUAUUCCAGAAAUUAUGACCAUAUUGUUCAUCCUGAUGGCCAUGUUACAAUAAGGUCUAUAUUAUACGAUCCCCGUGAAAAAGACGUUUCAAAACCCUUCACUGGCUUUGGCGCCGCAGCUAGGAAAAUUAAGAAAAACUUUAUUUCAAUCGAAAACCUCCCAGACGAUUAUUUUGAAUGCACUAAAAGUCAAUCUGCUGCAGAAGAACAAAAAAAUAAUGAAGUUUUAAGUCUACGUAAAGCUAUUCUACUAUCGGAAGAGAAGCAAAUUGGUUCUAAAAUACGUAAAUUUAUGAUUCGACCUGUGCUAACUCAAAUAGAUGCUCAUCAGCCGCUGGAAUAUUUGACUGAAAUGAGAUUCGUUUCAAUUUUGUUUAUAACUUUGAAACCGGCAGCAUGUCCUCUUCUCCAAUUGAUAACAAUAGUUAACAACGCGUAUCAAAUAACUUGUGAAAUUGUUUAUAAAUCUAUGGGUUGCGUUAAUAAAAUAAUUCUUUUCGACAAAGACGUGAUGAUUCUAGUAAUUUUUGGAUUGCGAGGAUUCAAACAUGAAUCUGAAGCUCAAGCUGCGUUAAAAUGUGCUUAUGGUAUAAGAAAGUCUGUAUCUGCUUUGGAUGGCGUGCAAGAUGUAUCGAUUGGAGUAACCACAGGUCAAGUCUACUGCGGAGUCGUUGGUCAUCCCUUGCGAAGAGAGUUCACCGUCAUAGGUGCAAUAGUCAAUAAAGCGGCCAGACUGAUGUGCGCGUUUAAAAAUAAAAUUACCUGUGAUGAAAGUACGUUUGUGAAAAGCAAAAUGUCAAAAAAUGGAUUCACUUUGAUGCCCAAAAUAAAUUUAAAAGGCAUCGGAUAUGCCGGUAACAUUUAUGAAUAUUCAGAAGAUUUAAGAGAAAAAGAAUUGCAUGAUAUAUCCAUAGUACCACCUCUUUUGAAUCGUAAUGAUGAAAUGGAAUAUUUUAAAGAGUGGUUAGAAACUUCAAAAAAGAUUAGAGAUUUUGACGCCCUUUUAUUAGUUGGUGAAUCACGAAUUGGAAAAACGCGGUUAUUAGAAUGGAUGGCUCGAUAUGCAAGAAAUAAUAAGUACAAAGUUAGUUACAUCAAUUUAACGUCUGUACAUUCUGCUACUUCAUAUCUUGCAUUGACACAAAUAAUGAAUCAAAUAUUAGGAGUAGAAGAGCAAAUAAAUGGCUUUGUCAAAGAAGAAAAAAUUGUUCAAUUGAUCAAAAUGUACGAUGAGGAUCUGUGUUAUUUAAAUAAUGUGAUCAAAGUACGUUUCGCGUAUCACGAAGGCGUUUACGGCAUAAAUGAAGUUCAUAGGAUUAAAAAGGCAAAACAUAUGUUUACAAAAUUGAUAAACGCGAUAAAAGAAGUUCAUGUAAUAUUUUUAGACGAUCUACAGAAUUUAGAUCAUCAAUCAUGGGAAUAUAUAUCACUUAUGUUUGAAUCCAUCAAAUUUUUUACGAUUUGUACUGUUACACGUGGUAAAUUUAAUACCGUGAAUAAUUGGCUGUAUGAUGUAUUUAUUAACGGUAAUAUAAGAAAAAUAGUUCUUGGACCUUUGUCCCCAAAUUGGAUUUCUGCACUAGCUUGUCAAAUUCUAGAUGUCAAUGCAGUACCUGCUGAUUUAAGUACUGCGCUAAAGAUAAAAUGCAAUGGAAAUCCCGGUUUAAUUGAGAGUUUCAUUGUACAUUUAUUCUCAAGUGGAGCUCUUGAAACACAAAAAGUUCCGGAGAACGAAAUUGAUAAAUUCAAAGAUGAUCAAUUGCAAUUUCCAGAUAAAGAAUUGUUACAUCCUCAAGCAAUUAAUUCUGAAGAUCAAGAACUUCUUGACGCAUUAUUGGAAGAAGAGAAUACAGGCGAAAUAGGAAUAUGCUUGGUAAUACAAAAAGCAGAAUUAAAAACGAAUAAAAAUGUUCAAAAUAUAGAUGCUUUGAUAAUGAUGCAAAUAGAUACCUUAUCGCCAUAUCAACAACUUUUGCUAAAAAUAUCUUCGGUAAUUGGUAAUGUCAUUCCUAGAGAACUCUUAGAAAAUAUAAUGUAUGAAAAUAACAAUUUAACUACUGCAAAAGCUAUUAAAAAACUUUUUAUUGCGAGGUUGUUUUUAUGUGCCAACGCUCAAAAUAAAACGAAAUCAAGGUUACCAUCAUCCAUAAGCAUUUACUCAACAGCUCCUCAAUCCAAUGACGUAUUAAUUUGUGAAUGUCCAUUUGAAUAUGAUCCAGAAAAUUUCGAGAACCUUCCGAAAUAUGCUUUUUGCAAAAUAAUGAAAUUCCGAAACAGAAAUUCACAAAGAACAUGUUAUGAAUUGCUGCCAAUGAAUCAAAAAAAGGAAUUUCAUACCCGUAUUGUCAAUUAUUUGGAAAACAAUGUCAUAAAAUGCAUAGCUUGUGGCGGUACAUUUACAAUAGUACAAGCUAAAUCUGGGGAAGAUAGUCUAAUAGACGUAGAAAACAAAUCAGAUGAUUCUAUUGAAGUUUUCAGUACUGAUAGUGAAGAUAACAGCGUUCAAAAUUCUCAUGAAAAAAUACAAAGUAUAUCAAUCCAAAAUGAUGAAAUACGUGACGUUAAAACGUCUGUAUCUGAAUCUAUCAGCAGUGUGCAAAAAGAAACUGCAAAAGUUCAAAUACAAAGAUCCAGUAGUUUCAAUAACAAUUUUUAUCAACCGCCACGUCAAUCGCCGUCAACUGACCGUGAUGCUUCUGCAUUCACUUCUAUUUUAAAAAGUAAAGACAAAGAUGAUGCACCAAAAAACGCAAGCAUUACCCUUAAAAAAGUCACCAUGUCCCGACAUUAUGUUAAAAAAAAUUGUUCGCAGGAAAUUAUGAAACCACAUAUUUUCGAUAUGUUACGAGCAGUAGCAGAAGCUAACGAUAUGGACGAUUGGCAUAAUCUCGAUGUCGAAGAUAGUAAAGAUGAUAUCUUAGGAGAUUUAAAAGGCAAAAACAGAAAGUCAUUUUGCAUACAAAUAGAAAAAGGCGUUUCACAAACAGAUUUCAAAAAAUGCACUUGUUCGGAUUUGGGUAUAGAUGUUUAUGAACAACUAAUACAUCAUGCACAACAAGCUGAAAUGAAAACUAAAAGUAUAGAGUUUACGAUUAGGUUUUGCUAUCUAUGCUCCGUUAACCAUGAUAUAGAAAACUGUUUUAAAAAACUUGAUGAUGCUGAAUCUGCAUGUAAAGAGGACAAAACCAGUGAAAAUCCUUCACUUAAUAAAUUCGAAAGGCACAGAUAUUUGGCUCAAAUUCACGCACUUAGAGCCACUUUUCACUUAAUGAAAGGAAAUCUACAGGAAUCCAAAUUAGAAAUGAAUAAUGCAACUAAAAUGUAUGGUAUCAAUUUAGCGAAAGGUUUAAAGUUUGUUUCUUUCUAUAAAUUUCUUAGGGAUAUUAAAUCUAAAAACCGUAAAUACCGUUUGCAUAAACAAAUCAUAGACAUAGAUUCCAUAUUUUGCUUAAACACAGCAACAUUAUUAUAUUCCUCACUGGGAGACGAGAAAACUGCGAGAAUAUCUGCUUUAUGGGCCAUAGACGUAAUUAUGAAAAAUGAAUGUAAUGUUAUAGACAUAUGUGAUGCGUUUACCAAUGCUAUACAAGUGGAACUAGAACGUGAUUCGCCUGAAACUACAUCGGAGAUUGAACGACUGGCCUGUCAAGUUUUAAGACAGCUGCCUCAACCAAUAAAGGCGCAUGAACUUUGUUCAGUUGGGAAACUCUUCAUGUCUACAUUUCGAGCUCGUUCGGCGAGAGGUGAAUUAGCAUGCGCGAUUCGCGCAGGCUUAAGAUCCUUGACGAUAAGCCGAUUUCUGUUAGCCGAAAGCAUAUCUUUGGACAUAAUUCCAGACUUGGUGUAUGUUCUGCUUGCUCGCCGUCGUGUUGAAGAUACUAUCAAUAUAUUACAGUUGUCCUUACGCAUGGCAAAUAAUCAAAUGUCAUACGACUUUGAGACUUGGUAUUAUGCUCUUAGCAUGGACUUAAUUUUGGAUGCUGGUUUCCAACUGGAACCUCCGCUAGAAAUUAGUCGCUACGCCGAACACGCACUUCUAAAAGGCAAGUCGGCGGGCGCCAGUCGACGCCGAUUGGUUUUAGGAUUGUGGACGUAUUGGAUGCGAUCAGACAACGAUAAAAGAGCUAAAAGAUUUGAAUCUGAAGCCUUAAGUUGGUUAGGUAACGACGUAGAGUACGGGUCGCUCACUACCCUUUUGAGCAAUAUGAGACUAGUGGAGGGUUUACUAGAGAAUUUAGGCCGAAAAAUAGACGACUUAAAGAAGGUUGUUGACUUGAUGGAGUUGCGUUCCAUGGCUGACAAACAACUGUCAAAACUAGAAAAGGACGCACGGCUCAUGCGAACUGUUUAUCCCAGAUGGCUCUUAUUAAAAGCAUAUUCCUGCAAUAUAUCUAGUCGGAAAGCUGGAUAUUUCUUUAAUCAGGCCCUGGAAGAGUCAGUGCGGCUAAACAACCGCCUGGAAGAAGCGCUCGUACGGGCGGCGACGUCCAACUCCCGCGUGUGGUUGCAAAAUGCUCGGGCCGGCGCUUUUCUGCCGUGGCAGGAGGCGAUUGAACAGGUGCAAACGUCGUGGCAUCAAAUCCUUUACAAAAUAACCACCAGUAGGCAAUAG